UCUAAGUUUCCAGUAUUGCCUGUCCCGGUGUGAAGGGAUGAGAGGCCCGGGCAAGUUGAGUUGGGAGACACUGGGGAGUCGCUGCGGCCUGUGACGCUGUGGAUGGCGGAAGUAUGGACAGCAGCAGCAGCGGAGGAGUCCCGGGAGGCGAGACCGGGCUACUGAAACAGAUCUUAAGCCUCAGUCUAGUCCCGCGGGUCGGAAAUGCGACGGUGUGCCCUAGCGCCACGGCCCUGUGCGCCUUCCCGGAGAUGUGGUAUGGCGUCUUCCUGUGGGCACUGGUCUCCUCCCUCUUCUUUCACAUACCCGCCGGGCUGCUGGCGCUCUUCACGCUUCGUCAUCACAAAUACGGACGGUUUAUGUCGGUGGGAAUCCUGCUUAUGGGUAUUCUGGAACCAAUAUCUGCAGGGAUAUUAACAAGUGCCGCCAUUGCCGGAGUUUACAAAGCCGCUGCCAAGGAAAUGAUUCCGUUUGAGGCUCUUGUUCUGGGUGUAGGACAGACGUUCUGUGUGCUUAUCGUUUCCUUUUUAAGGAUUUUAGCGACUUUGUAACCCAGGGCACAUUGACCUUACGAACAUCAGAGGACGCACAUCUUGGUGUAGAAUGAGGAGUUCUGCAGAUCUUGCAGCCAUGUCUAUACUACAAUGAAAUUUAAGAUUGUCACAUUGCCUUUACACACAAGUACUUCUAGAAAUCCGGUCACUGCAGUGUAACCGGAUGAUCCAAUGCCAGCAAGUGCAUCGAUAACCGAUAAUAGACUAGAGUUAGAAUAUCUAUAGAUCCAUAUCACCAUUCACACAAUGAAUUCUCUUUCCAGACUUUGUAUCAUGGAAGCAACGCUUCUAGCGGGGAAUAGCCGAGCACUUAUGUCCACGUGGGACUGGAACACUGCGGCUUUGUGUGCGGCAAAUCCACAGCGUUUUACAGUACCGGCAACAGAGCUGAGCUUUUGCAGAUUUUCAGGGUGCCUGCACACGAUGUGGAUUACGUGCGGUUUUUCCACAUCGGACAAAUUUCAUGUAGACUUUUUUUCUUAGGUGUGGAGCUAGACCUGCUGUGAGGAUUUUUAAAUCAGUUGUUGCAUUUUUCUUGUGCAGAUUUCACCCGUGAGAUCUUCAGAAAAUCCACACCAAAAAAACGCAAUAAAUAGUGCAGGUUUGGUGCGGAUUUCAGGUGUAUUUUCUGCACAUAAAUCUGCACCGUGUGCAGCCGCAUUAAUGCUGUGGAUUUCCCCAGUGGGUUUCAGCCUUUGGAAUGCACAGGGUGAAUUCGACAUGUAAGUCAGUGUGGAUUUUAUAUUACCCAUGUAGAUGUUCCUGCAGCUGUACAGGGUCCAUGCAUGCGACAAAGCGUUGUGUGUGAACCUUUUGGGCAUCUGCACAUGAUGCAGAUUACGUACCGUUUUUUGUUUUUUUUUCAGCGCAGUUUCACGUGCAGGAAAACCGCAGCGAAAUCCAGUACCAGCGGAGUGAAUGAGAUUUGACAACUCUCACGUCCACUUUGCUUUAUUAUUCUGUGCAGCAUUGCCAAAAAAACGCAGCACAAAAAUCUGCAUCAAAACCGCAUAAAAUCCACAGAUGGGAAAAAAAUAAAAAUAAAGUAACAGCUGACCGAGGCUUGAGGAAGCACACACCCCCGUGAAACUGCUGUUGCUUGCUUGCCUACACUUGGAUUUUAAAUAUGAAAUAAAGUGAAGAAUUUUAACGGUGAGUGCCGCGUUGAAUCUAUAUUGGCAUGAAACUGAAAUAAAUGGUGUGGAUUUCUGUGCGGUUUUAGUGCAGAUUUUUUGUGGAUUGUCUGCGUACAAAUCUGCACGCAGUGAGCAGGUACCCUAAAGGCUUACUUUUGUUGGCUCGUACAGUGAAGUUCACAGUCGGGCCUCAUGCACACGACCGUAUGUAUUUUGCGGUCCGCAAAAAACACGGAUGACGUCCGUGUGUAUUCCGUAUAUUACGGAACAGCUGGCCCCUAAUAGAACAGUACUAUCCUU